CUUGACUGUCUUUUGUUAGCAUCAAGGAAAAGAGUCUGAACUGAAAAGCUCCUCAGAGUAAAGCAGUAUACAGCCACGGACCGCCCACAAUCAAAUGUGUGGCAGUGUGAGAAUAGAGUGUUUGCAGUUCGUCAUGUGCAUGCAAACGAAAGCAGGAGCAAUUUGCUGAGGAGUCAGAUUUCAACACAACGCUUGAGGCUGCUGAUGGUGAAAUAACACCCAGAAUGGAGAGGCAAAGGCGGGGAAGUCUACUUGCUGACAGUCCUAACAUGUGUGAUUUGAGGAUUGUUCUUCUGGGUAAGAAUGUAUCAGAAAACAGUCGAGUCAGAAACUUGAUCCUGGGAAUAGAUAUGCGUGAGAGUGAAGAGCCGACAGCUUUAGAGCAGAACAAUAUAACCAAAGUCAGUGGGAUGGUAAAGGACAGACACAUCACCGUCAUUAACACUCUUCAUCUGCUGAAUCCACACAUCUCAGAUCAUCAGAUCACACACACAGUGAGAGAGUGUGUGUCUCCGUCUGAUCCAGGACCUCAUGUGUUCAUACUCGUACUGCAGUAUGAAGACUUCACUGAGGGGGACAUGAGAAGAGUCAAAUAUGUGCUGGAACAAUUCAGUGAAGAAGCAAUUAAACGCACUAUUGUGCUCACGACUGAUAAAGAGACACACGGAUUGAUUACUUCUAUGAUCAGUCAUACUGCACAACUGAUUGGAGGCAGCACUAUGGUGCAAAUGCAAACUAUUCAUCAGUUGAUUAAGGACUGUGGAGGAGGACAUCUGCAGCUGGAUGAAACAAAAACAGAAUUGCACUCAGAUAUAUUUCAAUGGGUUGAUAUGAUGGGCAAGGGAAACCAGGAAGACUAUCUCAGAUGUGACACAUUUAAUGAUUUUAAAGGAAUGUCUGUGGAUGAAGAGCCAAUCACUUCAGACGACAAAAGCACAAGUUCUCGCCACAAUGAUUCUGGAAAACCCAAAGAGAGACCAAAAAUGAGAAGUGAAGAAAGUCCCUUUUUGUCAGCUAAUUUAUCUGGAAAACAGAAGCUGAACCUGGUGCUGUGUGGAAGCAAUAGAUCACUAAAGGUCGCUGUGUCCAAACUAUUACGAGGAAAAUCGUUAAAACCUUCAAGUCAGCUAGCAAGAGGUAACGAGUGUGUGAAGAAAGAAAAUAAGGUUCAUGGAUGUGUGGUCAGUCUGGUGGAGCUUCCAGCUGUCAAUCAUCUCUCAGAGGAGGAAGUGAUGCGUCAGACUCUCCGCUGUAUGUCUCUCUGUGAUCCUGGAGUUCAUGUUUUCCUCUUCAUUGUUCCUGUUGGUCCUCUGACUGAUGAAGACAAAGCAGAAAUAGAGAAGAUCCAGAAGAUAUUUUACUCCAAAGAUCAUUUCAUGCUGCUCUUCAUCUCAGAUCUCAGUGUUGACAGACCAGUGACAGAAUUUGUCAAAUCCAGCACAGAUUCUCAGAGGUUAAUCAGUCGUUGUGGAGGUCAGUACAGAGUUAUGUUUUUAAAGGUGCCUGAAAAUUCAAGACAGAUCCCAGAAAUGCUGGAUUAUAUAGAAAAGAUGAAGACUAUACCAUAUUCACUUCAGACAUAUGUGAAAGCUCAAGAGAACAGAGUCAGACAUGAACUGGAAGAAAAACUGAGUGAAAUGGAAAGUAUGAUCAAAGACUUGCAGCAGAAGAUUCAGUCAGAAGGUGCUGAAGGUGAAUCAAAUGAUCAUGAGUGUCUGAGAAUUGUGCUGAUCGGGAAGACAGGAAGUGGAAAGAGUGCAACAGGAAACACUAUUCUGGGAAGAAAUGAGUUCCACAGCCAAUUAAGGCCAGAUUCAGUGACGACUGUGUGUGAGAAGGGAGUUGGUGAAGUUGAUGGUCGAUCAGUCGCUGUUGUUGAUACUCCAGGACUCUUUGACACAACACUGCAAACUGAUCAAGUGGUGGAAGAAAUCGUGAAAUGUGUUUCACUGUCGUCACCUGGACCUCAUGUGUUCAUCAUUGUGUUGAGUCUGGGAAGAUUCACCAAGGAGGCAAUGGACACUAUGGAUCUGAUAAAGAAGAUCUUUGGUCAUAAAGCUGCUCAGUUCAGCAUCGUCCUGUUCACUAGAGGAGACGAUCUUGAGAAUGAGUCCAUAGAAGAUUAUGUGUGCAAAUAUAACUGUGCUGAACUGAAGAAACUGAUCAGAGAUUGUGGAAACAGAUUCCUGGCUUUCAAUAACAGAGAAAAACAUGACAAAACUCAAGUAAUUAGACUGUUGAACAUGAUAGAAGAAGUGAAAAACACCAAUGAGGGUCGAUACUUCACUAACUGCAUGUUUGAGGAGGCAGAGAUGUCCAUUAAAAAGAGGAUGGAGCAAAUAAUGAAAGAGAGAGAAAGAGAAAUUCAUGUUCUAAAUGAAAAAUUAACAGCUCAAUAUGAGAUGGAAAAGAAAAAUAUGAUUAAGAGACUUGAGGAAGAGAAACAAAGAGCAGACGAGGAGAGAAUGAAAAUGGAGAAUCAAUUCAGAGAAAAAGAGGAAAAGCUGAGAAGAGAGUUUGAAGAGAAAGAGAAAACAGAACAGAAGAAACGAGAGACUGAAAAUCAGAAACGAUCAGAAGAGGAAGAACAGCAAAAAACUGAAUAUCAUCGAAAAAUAGAAGAAAUGAAGAGAGAGAUUAAAUAUCAGAUAUCACAGUAUGAAAAACAGCAAAAAGAAAAAGAAGAAGAAGAUAGAAAGAGAGAAGAGAAAUACAGACAAGAUCAAGAAAAGAUGAAAAGAGAAUGGGAGGAUGAAAAGAAACGACAGAUGAGAGAACGAGAGGAAGAAGAAAGAAAGAGAAAAGAGAAACACGAAGAACAACUGAGAGAAAAACAAGAAGAACUGGAGAAAAUGAGAAAGAGAUUUGAGAGAGAGAGAGAAGAAGAAAGACAGAAGAUAGAGGAGGAGAGAGAUAAACUGAGAAGAGAAAGAGAAGAAAAAGAGAGAGAAUAUGAAGAAAAGAAAACUAAAAUGGAAAGACAUUAUGAAAGACUGGAGCGAGAGAGAACGGAGGAGUGGGAGAAAAGAAAGCGAGAUGAUGAUGAAAGACGAGAAGAAGAAAGAAAGAAAUGGAAGAAAAUGAUUGAAGAUCUGAAACAAGAGCAAGAUGAAGAGAAAAGGAGAAGAGAAAAAGAUGAUAAGGAGAGAAAAGAACAAGAAGAGAACGAGAAAAAUGAAAUUACAAAGGAAUAUGAGGAGAAAAUAAAAGUCAUAAAGAAGAAACAUGAAGAUGAAGCCAGAAAAAAGGCAGAAGAACUGAAUGAUUUCAGAGAGAGAAAAGAGCAGCACAUUCAGGAGCUCAAACUGAUGCUGGAAGAACGUCAUAAACAACACGAACUACUGGAGAAACUUUAUCAACACCUGAAAGACCACAGAGAAGAAGAAAUAAAAGAGCUACUACAAGAAGUUGAAAAACAGAAGAAUAAAACCAGCUGUGCCAUUCUGUGAUUUUCAAAAUGAUCUCUUUGUGAUUUUCUAAUAUGAGUGUCAAAUAACAAUAUUUAUGUGUUUUUUUGUUGUUGUUGUUAUUUACCUGAAACUUUUAUCCUAUCAUUGGAUUAACUGGAUAUAGUAGAUAUAGGGGAGCACGGGGCACAACCUAACGCGGGGUUAAAUGUAACACAGACCGUUUACAUAGUUCGUCAGGAUCAAGCAGGCUGUGUUUCCGAUAUUUUUCUCUUGCAGCCAGAAGACGGUCUCCUGCGAAUUUGCGGAAAGUUUUGAUUAUAUUUCGUGAAGAUACUGGACAAAGAGUGUUUU